UAUGUAUGUGUGGCAUUGACAUUUCGACUAUUUCAUCUGGUGGAAGAUUUUCUAUUGUAGUCUGAUAAUUUAUUGAAGAUUGAAGAAUCGAUCAUAGAUGGCGAUCAGAUUAGAUUAUUCUUAAGCUUGAAUACUUUUUUUAUCUCUUGCGAAAAUGUGCGUCAACAUCAGUGUAGCUUUUAUCACAACGCAAGACACAACACUAUGAUCGGACUAGGAAAAUAUAUAUUGUGAUUGUCUAGUUUCGCGUGCUACAUUUUUUUGUAUGUUAGUGUUGAACCAAUUAAAUAUGUGCGCCAAUUCAUAGAAGAAGAAAGAUACUAGAUCUUAACGCAAUUGCUUAUAUAUAAAUUAUAUAAUAUUUUGUUACUGUGCAAAUUUCUUUGUGUUAUAAAUAUUGAAAUUGUAUAUAUUAGAUACUUGGGAUUAGGUUAAACUCUUUCAGCGGGAAUAAAAUAUUAUAUAAUAUUAUGUUCUCUGCAAGUUCUCUUCCCAUAAUACUCUUUGGAUGAGUAAUAUUAUUUUAAAAAUUGUUGCAAGACUUUAUUCCGGUGUAUAAUUUAAUUUUACAUUAAUUUGUAAAAUGUUUACAAAAGUGCCACCCGAUGGAGGAUGGGGAUGGGUUAUUGUUCUGGCCGGUGCAUUAAAUGGCAUAUCGACCAUACCGUUUAUACAAGUAUUCGGAUUGAUAUACAAAGAUUCUUUCGCCAAACUUAAUAUGAAUGCGACAGAUACGUCAAUUAUAAUCAAUGUAAAUUUGGCAUUUGGUAUGAUGUUUGGCAUGAUUAAUGGGGCUCUUUUGAAAACCUUUGGAUACCAGAAAGUAGCGUUGGCUGGAAGCAUAAUAUACACAGCGGGAAUAAUGUUGACGGCAUUCGCCAAUACCUUUACUUUCUUUCUUAUUUGUUAUGGAAUGCUAACGUCUGUUGGUUUGGGUAUGUCGAUGUCUGGAUUUUCUCUGGCGAUUAAUACUUACUUCACUACAAGGCGAAAUCGAGCUAUGGCCUUGGCAGUAACCAUCACCGGACUAGGCCCAAUUCUUAUGCCUCAAGUAGCAUCCUUCUUACUUGCAUUCUACGGUAUACAGGAAACCGUCUUGAUACUUGGCGCUUACAGUCUUCAUUCGAUAAUGGGCGCAUUGCUGCUACAACCAGUUAAAUGGCACAUGAAAAGAGUACCCCUCUGCUUAGAGACAAUCCCUGAAAAUUCUAAAGUUUUAAGCAAUAAUGAAGAAGAUAUAUCGACCUAUAAUGCGGAAGAUGAAGCUAAUAUACACUCUUCGAAACUGACGUUGGACAACUAUCAGAGAAAAAGGAAAACGACUAUAUCAAGCAUCGAUCACGAUGUCGAUGUUGGAAGCAUUUACGGAUUCGAUACGCCUUUAUCUACACAGAUUUCUAUAGACAAAACAAUGUAUAAUGCAAAUUAUGACACGGAAACGUCAAUAAUUAAAGGAGCGUCAGUGACAAAUUUAGAUGAUAACCGUAAAUGUUUAAAAUAUUCAUUUUGGAAUUCAGCAAAAAGUGUAGAAAGCAUAAACCUCGGCAGUAGCAUAAAAAUUUUUGACGAACCUGUACUGAUAACGAAAAAAUUGACUUUUAUUGAUAGUAAAGUAAAUAAAAGUAUAAACCAGAAUAUUAUGGAAAAGAAUUCGCUAUUAGAAAAAGAGAAUAGUAACUUUCCAAACAAAAAAAAUUACGAUAAAGACAAAUAUGAAUCCGCCAUCAGCCGAAUUUUUCAUCGAAUGGCUAAUCUUUACGAUUUCGAUCUUCUGCGCGAUCCUACUUACGUAAAUAUCAUGUUGGGAAUGUCGAUAGCGAUUUUUGCGGAGAUAAACUUUUCCAUGCUGACGCCGUUCAUUCUCGCUGAUAUGGGAAUGGCAACGGCAGAAAUUGCCAACGUCAUGAGCGUUAUCGCAAUAGCCGAUCUCGUUGGCAGAGGCGUAUCACCGUACUUAGGAGAGUGGCUACGUCAGCCACCUAGGAUGAUGUAUAUGCUUAGCCUGUUUCUUCUGAUAAUUAGCAGAAGCUCAUUGAUCUUUACAAAUAGCUUCCUUUCGGUACUAAUGGUUGCUAUCGGUUUGGGAUUGGCGAAAGGAAUUCGUUCAGUGUAUAUGACCUUAGUAGUACCCAGCCACGUCCCCAUCCAUAAGUUACCUAGCGCUUCCGGAAUUCAGAUGUUAAUCAACGGAGUGAUCCUUACGUGCGCUGGUCCAAUAUUAGGUGUAAUACGAGAUAAUACAGGAAAUUACACAGUUUGUAUUAUACUGAUUAAUUUUGUGACCACCAUUACGUUAUUUAUGUGGACAAUAGAGAUAUUACUCGUACGGAGGAAGUCUACACGGCGGAAGUCAAGAUUACCCGAAACAUCUUAAAAUAUAAUGUACAAAAUAAUUUUAUUUUUAUAAAUAAACCAUUGUCAACAUAUCUACAUUGUGAAUAAAUUCCAAACUCGA